UGUUUGCGCCAUAAACUUGAUUCAAGCCCGUGGAGUCUGCGAGAGCCCAAAUGCUGAAAGAAGUUUCAUGAGAGGCUGUGAGGAGUUUGGAUCUUUGAUGUGGAUGUAGACGCUGUCACUUUAAACGAAGCAUUCAACUGCAGUUUGUUUGAUUUAAACCAUCUGCUGGGUCAGAGAGAAACGGUGUGUCCUGAGCUUUAUUCUGACCUUUCUAAAUAUCGGACACGUGGACUCGGGGGAAAGUGUCCACAAUGUCCGGUGAAGGUGAUGCUGGAGGUCAACCGUCCACAACAACAAUCAGCACUGUGGCUGUACAGGCUGGAGCUUCACAGAUUGUUGUAUCGGUGCUCAAGUGUGGAGAACUGGUGCAGCUACAGCUAACUGAAGCACAACCAAACCUCCUGGAGAUCGGAAACAACCAGGAUGAGACCAAAAAGCUUUUACAGGAACACGAGCAGCUUUUAACAAAACUGAAGAGAAAUGAAGGGGGUGUUUGGGCUCUGCUGGAAGAGGCUGAUAAAAAAGCGAAGGAGAAGCCCGGAGAGGCGCUGGUGUAUGAGGCUAUGGCUGUCUCUCUCAGCGAGGCUUGGAAGACGCUGGUGAACCAUCUGGAGAAGAGGAGAUCUCUCCUGAUUUUGGCAUGUCAUUUCUUCGAAUGUGCUCUGGAGUUUGCCAUCAAGAUUGAUGAAGCUGAGGACUUUCAGAAUGUUGAUCCUGAUCUGACUUCUGCAGACAACAUGAGUGAAAUGAUUCAGGGACAAAGUACUAUAAGAAGAGGGAUGUUGGAGAAGUCAAUGUUGGUACUGAAUAAAAGUCGUGAGCUGCUGGAAUUUCUGAAGGACUUUCAGUCGGAACAGGCCCUGCGGUAUGGCAGGGCUUCUCAAGGGGCCUGGAACAGCUUUGGAAAGGUUGAAGGUUUAAUGGAGAUUCUGCAGGACAGACGCAGGCAAGUGGACCUUCGCAUGAGACGACAACAACAUGAGCUGGAAAUGGUACAUCAGAUUUGCCAAUGGGAGCAAAAGGAAGAGGAAGUAACACGAUGGUUUAAGGAAAAUCGGACUUUAUUCUUGGAAAACAAUCAGCUUGGUUCAUCCCUGUCUGAAAAUGAGGACUUGCUUCAGGAACACAAAAAGAUGGAACGGAAAACCAAGGAUUGGAGUGUGCUGGUGGAAAGGUUACUACAACAAGCGUCUGAAAUGCUCUCCACAAAUGAUUGCUCGGACCUUCAGCGCUUGUCUGAGAAGAGAGAGAAACUCAAAGCCACACAUGAGCAGUUCUCCAAUCUGAUGAUGACUCGCCUGUCUCAUCUGCAGGACAGCAAUGCUUUUUACAGGAGUGCUAAUAAAGCAUUUGAGGUGCUUGGAGGCAUAGAGGCUGCCCUUAAGGAGUUGAAGACCAAAUCUCUGCCAUUACCAGAGCUAGCUAAGAAACACGAAGAGUUUUCACGCAAUAUAAAAGAAGCGUCCGCAGAGGCACUUCAGAGAGGACAUCUGUUACUACAGAAGCUCAAUCCACAAAGUGUUGGAGGGCUGCACAGGAUGCUGGGAUACAUCAAAGAGAGAGUGGAGGUGCUGAAUCAUGAGUGCCACGCACACCUAAAGCUAACAGACAGAAGACAGCAGGUGGUGUCCUCAUGUGAAGAUCUUGUAGAUAAGGUUUCCAGCUGGAUAAAGAAAAGCCACGGUGUUCUCUCAGCUAGUACAGAACCUGGUUCAACCUUAACCAUGGCUGAGGAUACACUUAACAAACACGUUGAGCUCCUCUCACAGUCUCAGGAUGUCAUGAGAGAAUCUGAGGCUACAGCCGGUUUGAUAAAAGAGCUACGGGAGCUGGAAUCCUCGGAGACAGUCGAGUUGUCCAACAAAGCCUCGCUUCUGGCUGAGGAGAUGAAAACGCUGGUCAGAAACAUUUCAACACACGUGGAGAGUCUCAGACCCUAUGUGGACUUCUUGCGCUCUGCUGAUGAGGUCGAGGAGCAGAUAAGAACAUUGCAGGAAUGUUACAAGAACAAGCCAGAACAAGAGGAGGAAAAUGAAGGCACAGGGGCAUCCAUGAAGGAAGUGUUGGAUGUUAAGUGGCAGACUCUGCUCCAGAGGUUUUUUACAAUGCAGGAUCUGGGCAACAAUUUCAUCAACUCCUCCAACAUGGUCAGAGGCAAUCUGAAUCUAAAUGUUAAAGCAGCAGGGAAUGUUGUCGAGAAACAUAUGGAGACACUGAGCAAGAAAAAAUCUGAGUUAGCUGACCUGUGGACAUCUUGGCAACUUCAGUAUAGUCAGAUAAAAUCGGUGAAGAAGCAGUGGAAAAAAUUCAAGGAUCAGGUCAAAAAGGUUCUUCAUGAUUUAAAAGCAAUGGAGGAGAUUUUUGCUCCGGCAUCAAAAGUUGAUUUGGGGGGUGAUGCUCAGACUGUCUCCAAAAUACAAGAAAGCUUCAACACUGCUAAGCCAGAGUUCCUGCGACUAAAUGCAGAAGUGGAAUUCCUAGUGAAGACUUCAGAGCUGCUGGCAUUAAAAGGAAUACCGGUGAAAGAGAAGAAUGAGAGAGUUUCUGAGCUUCUUCAGCUGAAUCAGCGUGUCAGAGAUAUGAUGAGAGAGUAUGAAACCGUUCUCAGCAUGGCUGUCAAAUUCCAUCAGCUUUAUCUAGAGCUUGAUACCGUUUUAAAGGCAGAACCGGUGGCUGUGUUUAAUGACACCAGUCAGGCCAGAACACAGCUGACCCAGCAUCAGGAGAGACAGAAGCACGUUCACCAUCUGUACAAGCUCGCUCUCUCGCUGGGUGCUGACAUCACCAACACUGUACAGCAGUCGCGCCAGCUGGUGUUGUCAGUGCAGCGGUUACAUGAGAAGCUGGAAAAGUUGGAGAGAGGACGCACCAACUGGAUCGCUGAAGCUAACAAGUGUGAAGAGAGUUUAAUGAGCAACGUCCACUACUGUCUCUGUAAGGAAGAGAUCAGUGAGCUGAGAGAGUCCUUUAAAGAUCUCAAGAAGAAAUUCAACAAUUUAAAAUUCAACUACAUGAAGAAAAAUGAGAAAUCGAGGAACCUAAAGGCUGUGAAAAAUCAGAUCCAGCAAAUUGAGAUAUACAUAGAAAAGCUACAGGUUUUAAAGAAGAAGCUACACAUGUUUACUCAGAAGGUCUCUGGCGGCUCUGAGAAGCAUUUAAUUGGCAACAGUCUCAGAGAGAUUGAAGAUGCCUCAAAUGAGCUGCGGAGACAGGUGGGCGACUUUGACAGGACGGUGGAGGAAUACAAACAAAACCUGGAGAUGAAUGUCAAACUCCAGCAAGCUUUAGAGGAGUACAACUUUUGGUGUGAUGAAGCAAGCUCCACUAUCGUACGUGUGGGGAAAUAUUCGUCCCAGUGUGAGACUAAAGAAGCAGUCAGCAGUCUCUACAAACAGUUUGAAAAGUUUAUGUGGCCCACGAUACCACAGCAAGAGGAGAGAAUGAAUCAGAUCACAGAGCUGGCGGUACGGUUACAUGGCGCUGAAGAAGGGAAAAAAUAUAAGGAGAGAACCGUCAACAAGCACCAUGAAAUUGUGGAAUCGAUAAAAGAGCUCUCAAAUGGACUGCUGGACCUUGAGGCCAAACUACAGUUAGAAAUGCUGAAACAACCUCCGACACCUGAAGACAACAACAAACGGGACACUAUUGAUACUCCUGAGCAAAAGGAAAGUGGUCAUACACCUGAGAUGACAGGUCCCCACUGUACUAAAGAGAUACCCAUCAACAAGAAACCUCAGCUUCGCAAGACAAGAAGCCAAGAUUUGCCUGACAAACAUCAUCCAGAGCAUCAAAAAGUGACAGAGAGCAGAGUUAAAACUCAAGAGGCGUUUUCCAAGACGAGCAAGGUGGAGACCAUCACAUGCAAAUCUACUGUAGAGAGGAGAGAGGAAAUGCACACCACCUUCUCUCACACGCACACGGUGAGCCAUUCCCCCGCAGAGAGAGAUAAGAGGAGCUGCAUGCUGCAGCAAACCCCACCUCCACCACCCCCACCGCCUCCACGAGAUCCAGGCCGAUCACGACCCGGCAUCAGAGACAUUCAGAAGACCGCAUGUCGUCACUCUUUAGAGGAGGAAUUUCUUUUACAUGGAACACCAGAAUCAGCAGCUCCAGCAGGAAGCGUGCCUGAAGGUGACUUCCACCCUGAACUUCUCACGGAGGAAUCGCUCUCCAACGACGAAUACGAAUGCACCUCCCCAGACGACAUCUCCCUGCCUCCGUUAUCCGAGACCCCCGAAUCCAACAUCGUUCAGUCUGAAAAUGACCUGGACGACGGCUACUGCGUGAGCUCUCACAGCCUUCGCGUAAACCAGUACAACCACCAGUCCCACACCCAGCACGGCGACGCCGUCCACCAGAAGCGAGAGUGGAUGCCUAGUCAGACCGAGAGCUACCCUUCUCCCACCACGGGUUCGGGUGCCAGGUUCAGAGCAGAAUCGUCAUCUUUCAUUCAAAGCCCUCUUACAGUUCCCGCUCCUAGUCUCGUGUCCAACACCCUCACCAGCAUAUUAAAGAGCAAAUUUGCCAACCCACCAAGCAGCGUUACUGAAUGCCACGAAACUCUGUAUUCUGUGCAUGAGAGUCGUACAGAAACACAGCAGUGUGUGCAUGAUUCCAGUACUCGGUCCAAUAACACGCAUGCUAACCCAUUAACCGCAGAACCGGACUCAGAUGUUUGCAAGCCCACAGCCAUCCGAGAGGAGAUCAGGCGGGCAUCUUCCAAAAAGGUUAUGGGUAACCUGGCAGCUGGCUCGGGUCCUAACUUCUCCAAAACAUUGUCUAAUACCACAGUUAUGGAGGGAUCUCCGGUGACCCUGGAAGUGGAAGUCACUGGAUUCCCUGAGCCUACAUUAACAUGGUUCAAGAAUGGACACACACUGGCCAAUGAUGAGCACAUAGAACUCUCCCAUAAAGAAGGCAAGCAUGCUUUGUUCAUUCAGAGCACUGCUGUGACAGACUCUGGGCAGUACACGGUCACUGCCUCUAACUCGGCCGGUACUAUCACCUCCAGCUCAAUGCUACAGGUCAAAGGUAACAACAGCCCUGACUUUGACGUUCUCAAACUGGACUGGCACACCUGCUUUGGCACUCUGUGUUUCUUCUUGUGGCUGCUCUACCUGCUUCUGUUAUAACGGACACGGUCAUUAACGUACAUGAGGAAAAGCACACGGGUGUGAAUUCUUCACCGGCCAAUUUCCACAUGUCACUUAACCACUGGUUUGCAUGAUUAACUGUUCACUUUUUCGCUAUUGGGUUGAAUGGUUCUGAGUUGGGCGAGCAAAGGUUUCAGGUGCAUUUCCAUCUGUAGGCCUACCUGGACUCGUUGGUACAGUUUGCUAACCAUGUGCUGGUAAAACGCAUGUUGUAAAGUGGUGAUUCGUGAUAUAUAAUGUGGUGGUCACGUAUCAGUUGCCAAAGUGAUUCUUUCUUAAUAGGGGCCUAAGUUCGCUAAUAUUUAGGUAGAUGACUGAUAAAAAGGGUCUACGUUGUAGAAUGUAAUGGUAAUACAUUACAGUUGCAACUGCUGAAACAAAUUUUGCAACAGGAACUCUUCGGCCCGAUGGUGGAAAAGGUGCUACAGUAUUAUGAUACAAACCCCUAGCAAAUAGGUAAUAGCACAUGGGUAUUUGACAUGAAGUUCUUUUUGUUGUUAUGUAUUGCAGUAUGAAAAGCUAAAAAUCUUUUAAGCACAAUUUUCCUCUUUUUCAUUAUGCAGGCUGCAUUUGUGAGCUCUUAAUAAUUGAGAGACUAUAAUGGAAAAUGUCCUUUAAAAUGAAUUUGGCUGGACCAUGUACUGUAUAGUAAGGGCAAAAGAAAUAAAAAUGUUAACUAUUCAUAACAAGACUUUUGUCUAAUUCAUUCAUCUAGAUGUUAAAGGGAUAGUUCACCCAAAAAGGAAAAUUCUGUCAUCAUUUACUCACCUUCGAGCUGUUCCAAAUUUGUAUGAAUUUCUUUGUUCUGAUGAACACGGAGAAAGAUAUUUGGAAGAAUGCUUAUAACCAGACAGAUUUUACCCCCCAUUGACUCCCAUAGUAGGAAAAAAUACUUUAUCAUUAUUUUUGUUCUGUUGAACACAAAAGAAGACAUUUUGAAGAAUGUAGGACAGCAAACAGUUCUGGGGCACUUUUGACUACUAUUGUAUAUUUUCCUAUACUAUGGUAGUCAAUGGGGGGCAAAAUCUGUCUGGUUAUAAGCAUUCUUCCAAAUAUCACCUUUUUGGAUGAAUUAUCCCUUUGACGGAAUUUUCAUUUUUGGGUGAAGUAUCCCUUUAAAAGGUUAGUUCACCCAAAAAUGAAAUUUACUCACCGUCAAGUUGUUCCAAUGUUAGUAACCAAACAGAUCUCAUCCCCCAUCGACUCCCAUAGUAUUUAUUUUCCCUAAUGACAUUCUUCCAAAUAUCUUCCUUUUAUGUUCUGCAGAACAAAGACAUUUAUACGGGUUUGGAACAACCUGAGGGUGUGUAAGUGAUGAUUGGGGCGAACUAUCCCUUUAAAUUAAAAAUGUCAAGGCAUGCGUCAACUAGGCAAUAUAUUUUUAUUUUGACAAUAACACUGAAACACUAAUAUUUGUUAGCAUGAACCAAAUUGAACAUGCAUUGAAUUAGUCUAUGCUUUGUCCGAGUACAUAUAUUAUUAGUAGUAAUGGAUCUGAAUGAAUGGUUUUGUCUUACACCAUGCACAUAAUUAAUUGUUUAUGCAGCCAUAAAGUUAC